AUGGAUACUAAUAACUAAAAAGAAACUAAAAGACCAUAAUAAAGUAUGUGUUUUUAUAUAUAAUAGUUCUUAAAAUGGCAAAACUAAACAAUAUUUACAAAGAACCAGAAGACACAUAUGAACCUAAAAGAAGAGUCAAAAAUUAAAGUACAUUUUACACAUUUAGUUUUAGUACAAUAUAUAAAUGAAGAUUCUUCAACUUAUAAUGGAAUGGAGUCUUUUGAAAGUUUGUAAUAAAAGUAAUCAAAUGAAAAAAUAGAAAAGACUCCUGAGAAAGUAGAAAGUGUGUCUUAAAUUUUAUCUAAAGGAUCUUUGAGGGAAAGGUUCUCUAAUCUUCAUUUAAUCAAUUCUAUUGAUAAAAUGCUUAUGUAUAGCAAAUAUUCAAGUUUAUGUCAUUUUUUCAAAGAAAUUGAUGAAAUGCUUUUAUUUCUUCAAGGUUAAUAAAAACCGCCAUUCUUAAACACAAUACAUGAAUUAUUGAGCCAAAAUUCAAAAAUCAAAGUCACAUAAUAAAUUAUUCAAUAAAUAUUAGAAAUCUUUCCAAAUGCUUAUGAUGUUAAUUGGACAAUAAAUGAAAAAUUAAUAUAAUUGGAUAGGAGUGAUUUAAUCAUUAAGGCAAAUAUAAAGUCUCAUGUAUAAUUGGGAGAACGUCUAAAUUUAUUUAAACAACUAAUGUUUGAAUAUAUAUAAAAAAAUGGAGAAUAAAUUGGUUUAGCAGCUUUACCCUAAAACACAAUUUAAUAAAAUUUCAAAGCUAAAACAUAAGAAAAAGAUACCUUAACUAAAUAAAUAUAAUAAUAACCUUAAAAACAUGAAAUUUAAAGUUAAGUAUCAAAAGAGCCAACUUAUUCAAAAGUCAGUUAAAAUUUAAUAGAAAAAUUGAAAUAAAAAAAGAAAUUAGAGAUUGUUUAAACAGAUCUUUUAGCACCAAAAAAAUAAUUAAUUGCCCUAUCCUCUUUAAUUCAUUAAUAUUUUCUUCUAAGAGAUGUUUCAAAUAUGUUUUUAUCAAAUGUUAUAAAAUAUACUCUAAGUAGUCUAAAACAAUUUAUGUUUGAUGAAAAUUAAUUAAAAAAUUAUAUUGAUCAGUUAUUAAAAUUAUGUCCACAUUGGAUAAAACUGAUUGAUAAUCAGAAUGGCACAAUUUUGAGGAUGAAUAAAGAAAUAGAUCUACCUUCUAUAAUAAGAUUAAUUGAACAAAUGUGA